AUGCCUGGGAAGCACACGUUCUAUGAUGGUUCAUCAUUGUUGCAACCGCUUGCCAAUGCUACAGGAAUCGAUGUCGCAAAGGCGAAUUUGGUUGUGUGUCAGUUCAUCUCAUUACCGAUCGCAUUUCUGCACUACAAAUAUUUUGCGGCAAAUCGAGUUUCUCGCAAUGUUCGCCUCGCAUUUCCACCCUUUGUUGGCAUCAUUUUCUGUUACUUCUGUUACGGAAAUGCCAUAAAACAUCUGGUUUCAUGUAUUGGUAUAUCGUAUGCAAUAAUGCAUUUGUCACCAGCCGAAUAUGUGCACAAGUGUGUGUUCUUGUUUUCGAUGGGAUAUUUGGGUUUCAUUCAUUGGUAUCGAUGGUAUGUUUUAACCUCGUAUACAAUCGAUAUCACUGGACCAAUGAUGGUUUUCGUGCAGAAAUUGACAACGAUAGCAUUCUCGCUGCAUGAUGGUCGUGUGAAGAAAGAUGAAGAACUGAACGAUGUGCAACGAAGACAAGCACUGUCAUCAGUGCCACCGCUGUUGGAGUUUUUAAGUUAUACGUUCCACUUUCAAACAAUUUUAACGGGACCGUUGUGCUUCUUCACUGAUUACAUGGAGUGGAUUGAUGGAACGAAUGCGAUCGGGAAAGAUGGAAAGAUCGAAUCACAAUGGAAAGCCGUGAUCACAAAACUUUUGCAAGUGAUCCUGUUCGCAUUCGUGAUUGUCCAAUUCGGUUCUCAGCUCUAUCCGGAAAGAUUGGCUGAGCCAGAAGUUAUGGCGUGGCAUUGGUUCCCUUGGUGGAUGAUGUUGUAUGUUAUGAUGGUCUUCCAACGGGUUCAAUAUUAUUUCGCGUGGAUCCUCGCUGAUGCGAUCUGUAAUGUGAGUGGUUUCGGUUUUAAUGGCUAUGACAAAAACGGUAAACCGCGUUGGGAUUUGAUGUCGAACGUAGACGUUAUUGGAGUUGAGAUGGCAACAAAUUUUAAAGAGACGCUUGAUUCGUGGAAUUGCUGUACAAUGCAUUGGUUGCGACGAGUGGCAUACGAUCGAGUAGCGGAACGGUAUCGUACGGUCGCCACUUAUUUACUGUCAGCCUUUUGGCAUGGCUUCUUCCCAGGUUACUACUUAACAUUCCUCGGUGGAGCACUUUUCACAAUGGCGAAUCGAUCGAUCCGUCGCUCGUUACGACAUCAUUUUCAAGGAAGCGCGUUCUCGAAACGUUUCUAUGAUGUACUAACUUUCUUAACCACAAAAGUAGCGCUAGCUUAUGUGACGUUCCCAUUCGUUACACUGCAUUUGAAUCCUGGAUUAUUCGUCUACAGAAGUGUCUACUUCUGUGUGCACAUUUUGGCACUGCUAUCGAUAGUCGUGUUACCGAUUGUGAUGCCUCCACCACCGCGAGCGAAGAAAUCCGUGAAAAAAACUGAAACUGAGAUGGCAAACGAGAACGGAGGUCUAAAAAAGGUUGAGUAA